CGUGACUAUUAAGCGGAGCCGACCAAAAUCCCAAACAAGGAAAUGGUGGGGUAAUAAAACGAUCGGAUCAUUUAAUUAAUGCAUGUAAUAAUUAAUAUUUUAUUUUAUUGUAAAUUAAGAAAUAUUUAUGGGUUAAAAUGGACUACGACUUCAAAACGAAGCUCGCCGCCGAGAGGGAGAGAGUGGAAGAUCUGUUUGAAUAUGAAGGUUGUAAAGUGGGUCGCGGCACAUACGGGCAUGUUUAUAAAGCGAAGCGUAAAGACGGGAACGAUGAGAAGGAGUAUGCGCUGAAACAGAUAGAAGGCACUGGUAUUUCCAUGUCUGCCUGCAGGGAAAUUGCUUUACUGAGAGAGCUGAAGCAUCCAAACGUCAUCGCCCUGCAGAAAGUUUUUCUUUCUCACAGUGACCGUAAGGUCUGGCUCCUGUUCGACUAUGCUGAGCAUGACCUGUGGCACAUCAUAAAAUUUCAUCGAGCAUCAAAGGCCAACAAGAAGCCCAUGCAACUACCGAGGGGUAUGGUGAAGUCGCUGCUUUACCAAAUCUUAGACGGCAUCCAUUACCUGCAUGCCAACUGGGUCCUGCACAGAGACCUGAAACCUGCCAAUAUCCUGGUAAUGGGGGAGGGCCCAGAGCGAGGAAGAGUCAAAAUUGCUGAUAUGGGUUUUGCUCGACUAUUUAACUCUCCACUGAAGCCUUUGGCUGAUCUGGACCCAGUGGUCGUCACUUUCUGGUACCGAGCACCCGAACUACUGCUCGGGGCAAGACACUACACCAAAGCAAUAGAUAUUUGGGCAAUAGGCUGUAUCUUUGCAGAGCUGUUGACGUCAGAACCAAUCUUCCAUUGUCGACAAGAGGACAUAAAAACCAGCAAUCCUUUCCAUCAUGACCAGUUAGAUCGCAUAUUCAGCGUCAUGGGCUUCCCAGCAGAUAAAGACUGGGAGGAUAUCCGGAAAAUGCCAGAAUAUCCAACUUUACAGAAAGAUUUCAGAAGAACCACAUAUGCCAACAGCAGUCUCAUCAAAUACAUGGAGAAACAUAAAGUCAAACCAGACAGCAAAGUGUUUCUAUUGCUCCAGAAAUUGCUGACAAUGGACCCCACCAAAAGAAUCACUUCUGAGCAGGCACUGCAGGACCCAUAUUUCCUGGAGGACCCCUUACCUACAUCUGAUGUAUUUGCAGGAUGUCAGAUUCCUUACCCCAAACGAGAGUUCCUAAGCGAGGAUGAACCAGAGGAGAAAACAGAGAAGAACCAGACGCAGCAGCACCAGCAGACGGCAGCGCAGACGCAGACGCAGCAGGCUCCAACCCAGCAGAGCUCAGCGCAGACCAACGGCACAUCAGGCACUGCAGGGGCCAACACGGGCCCCUCCCUGCAGCACGGCCAGGACCAGGGGCCACCAAACAAAAAACCUCGCACCUCAGGAACCAGUGUUCUUCAAACAGACUACCAGCACUCCAGUUCUCGGCUUGGUUACCAGAGCAAUGUCCAAGGCUCCACCCAGUCGCAAAGCACUAUGGGAUAUUCGUCCUCAUCUCAGCACUCUCAUCAGUCUCAUCGAUACUGAGACUCAAAACCAUACAUAAGCACUUCAAAGAAACAUUAACCACGAGCAUAAAACCAGGCAAGUCGGUGUUGUCAUCCGAAGAAAAGUCGGGCUUUGUCCCAAUAUAAACAUAACACCCCAUUUCUUUCCAAAUCAAAGCCGCCUACAAUUCUCAACAAAUGCCACUCCAAUCAAAGCACAUCUUUGCAAUCCCUUCCCCUCAAACACCUCCGAAGAACCAGAUCCAUAAUCAACCAUCAACAUUGAACAUUUGCUUCAAUAUCUCAACAGUAUUUCAAUACAUUUAAAAAGUUUACCAGCUCCAACUAUACAAUCUGCUGACUGUUUAGCAUUUCCACACUCUCAAAAUGACCA